ACAAACUUCCUUCCAGGGGCCGGGCGGUCAGGUAGCGAGGGUAGUGGGGAGAGUUUUUGAAGGAACGUUGUCGGAGACGAGGUCGCGAGGAGUGAUGGCGUAUUAGAGAAGGCGGUCUCGCUGCAGGAAGCCCGCUUGCCAUUUCUCUUUUAGUGAGGUCGCAGCCUCCGAUUUGUGGCAUGGAGGCUUCGGUGAGGCACACCUGUCUCAAACUCGACCUCCCCGUCGAAGACCCCAAAGCCAAAGACUCCAUCUUUGUAAAGGGCACCUGGUUCCCCUCCCACUUCCACCUCGCCAUCACCGACGGCCUCAACGCUUGGACCUGCCAUGCGUCGGAAGAGGAGGUGAGACAGAGGGCGGAGCAGUGGGACCAGCCACCGGCGGAUUACGUCGCCCUGGCCGAGCGGUACCUAGGGUUUCAGCAGCCGGGCUCGAGAUAUGGCUUCGACGACGCCGGAAAUGGGCAGAAAAGACUGUCAUGGACAUUUGAAAAGCAAGGUACCAAGAUGGAGUGGCGUUGGAAGUGCCAACCAUCAUCAAAUAAUAGGCAAACUACAUCUGAAAUCCUAGAUUUUCUUAUGGAUGCAAAUAUACAUCUAAGUGAAGAGGUAGUUAGAAAGACCCAGACUGCAGAGAAACUGAAAGCAGAAGCGGAGAGAUGCUUAUUACAAAGUGAGAAAUUUAACAACGAGAAAGCUGAAUUUGAAUCUGCUGUCUAUACAAAGUUUGUUGCUGUCUUGAACUCAAAGAAGGCCAAACUGAGAGAGCUGAGGGAUCGAAUAUCAAAACUAGAAGCCACUGGGAAAGCUCCAAAGGAAGAAGAUGAUUCCACUGAUAAAACAGAGACCUUUGACGAAGGUAGUGAUAAUGAAAGCAUCAAGGAGGAACCUGUCGAGGAAACUGGUGAUGAUAUUCCCUGUACUUCAGAGAACAUUGCCACUUCUUCGAAAGACAGAAAGAGAACAAGGAAGUAGUUUUAUUGUGCACGGCCAACUGCAAAUCAAAGCAUUAUAGUUAUCCAUCAUUUUGUACGAAGGUUUACUCAUCCACUUUCUGUUCAGCUUACUUUUUCAGAGAGCUGUGAUAGGUUCUUACCUGCUUAUAGUGGGUUGGUUGUUUCAGGUUAGGUUGGAUAGGUCAAGUAAUGUUGAUACAUGCAAAUUUUGCUCAGAUUUUGGUUAGAUUAAAGCCAAGGCUGGUCUGAUCUAGGUUUUGUUUAACCUGAUGUUCUAGCAGAAGGAAUUUAUGUCCAUUUUA